UAUAGGUCCGGGAUGUUAUCAGCUUCGAUAAAUAAUUUCGGUAUAAAAGAUGUUAACCCAAACCAGUAGACCAGAUUCAGUAGAUUUAGUUGCACAAGUCAUGUUCCGUUUGAGCCUGCUGUUCGUGCUUCUCGGCGCCAUCGCUGUCUUCGGAGGCACUCUUUCCCCGGAGUUCCUCGAAUGGGAAGGUCGUAUUGUCGGAGGUCAAAAUGCUGCUUCCGGACAGUUCCCGUACCAGGUUUCUCUACGCUCAUCGGCAAAUCAUCAUUUCUGUGGUGCUUCGAUCAUCAACAACCGUUGGGUCUUGUCGGCCGCUCACUGUACCGUUGGACGCACCCUGGCCAAUACCCGUGUCGUCGUAGGAACUCAUCUGUUGAACAGCGGAGGAUUCUCCCACGCCUCGUCCCGCAUCGUAAAUCAUGGAUCAUACAACGCAAACACCUUGGCAAACGACGUUUCGUUGGUGCAGACGGCUUCGGUCAUCGGCUUCAACAGCUUGGCUCAGCCUAUUGGAUUGGGUGCCACUAACAUCGUCACUGCCAGUGGAGCUCUAGUUUCUGGAUGGGGUCGGCUGGGAUCUACUGCUGGCGUUCCGAACAACCUGCAGUGGCUGAGCACCAGCAUUAUCUCCCUGGCGGACUGUCGUGCCCGUCACACGGUCGCCAACCGUGCCAGCGUCUUCGAUAACACCAUUUGUACGCUGAGCCCGACGGGCCAGGGUACGUGCAUGGGUGAUUCUGGUGGCCCAUUGGUCCAUGGAGGACUCCAACAGGGAAUUGUUUCGUGGGGUAUACCUUGCGCUCAAGGUUUUCCCGAUGUGUUCGCUCGCGUUUCUUCGCACCGCACCUGGAUUCUGAACAACGCCGUCUGAGAAUUUUAGACCAGGAUUAUCCACUGAAUACAACAGUUUAUUAUUGACAUGA